AUGUCACACCCCGAAGAAGCCAUGGAAUGCUUCGCAUCGAGCCACGAAUCUUCACGAAAUGCAGAAGAAGAUGUGUUUUCCUCACAAUCUCCCGGUACAGAUAAGCCGAAUGAUGAGGUACCGAUAGGGGAAUACGGCGGUAUCAAUUCUGAGAAUGAAGCGGGCGCGGCUGCACAAACUGCGACCCCCGAUAAGAUUAAAGUCCUCGUCGGCGCGCUCCACACGGUCUUUCUCCUCGAUCGCUCCCGCAUCUGCUCCAUCUCUCCCUACUUCGCAACGAUCUUCGCCUCGCGCGCCACCCUUCAAGUAGUCCUCCCUGACAUUGAGCCCAACUUAUUCCAGCUCGUGUCUGAUUGGUUAUAUACAGGGCGUCUAAGCGCGGAUGCCGAAGACGAUCUAUAUCUCGACCAACUCGUCGAUGUCUACCUCUUUGGCGAUCUUAUCAGUUGCCAUACCUUGAAGAACUACUCCAUGGACCUCAUACAAGACAACAUGUACCGCCACGUCAGGUACGGCAGCGGAGGGAUCAAGCUGUCUUUAAACCAGAUUAGAAGGAUAUUUUCGGGCACAAUGUGUGCGGAGGAUGCACCGAUCCGGAAGUUGGUUGCGGCGCUGGUAUCCUACAGGUUGAUCUUUGGAGAUACGCCAGAGAGAUUGGAGCCGAUAUUUGAGGUGCCGGGGUUCCUGAAGGACUUUGCGGCGUUCCAGAGAAGUUCACUGCAGGUGUCGAGCGAUAAAUGGUACCGGCCUGUCACAUUGAGGGAUGAUCCGAGGGUCAGGGGCUACUAUGAUGAUGGGGUGGCAGCUAAGGGCUUUCAUGCCUGCUUUUUUCAUGUUCAUGAGCUGGGAGAAAAGUGCUCAUCAGUCAGCAACUACAGAACAGGGAGCGAUGGCUCGGGAAUCGAUGCAGCCGGCGAGCACGAACGGGAGGAAGGCUUCCGAGUGGCUGCGGCUGUCCAAUAG